AUGCUUCGCACUGCCCUUACUCGAUCGUCCGGAGCCGUCAAGGCGUCGUCGCGCAGUUUUGUCGCCUCUGCCCCUGCGGCCGUGCGAGCCAAGCACACGCUUCCCGACCUGGCUUUCGACUACGGUGCACUCGAGCCCGCCAUUUCAUCCAAGAUCAUGGAGCUACACCACACCAAGCACCACCAGACCUAUGUCAACGGUCUCAACCAGGCGGAAGAGCAGCUCUCUGAAGCGAUCCACAAGAAGGACGUCAAGUCGGCAAUCGCUCUUCAGAAAGCGAUCAACUUUAACGGCGGUGGUCACAUCAACCACACUCUCUUUUGGGAGAAUCUGGCCCCGCAGAAGAAUGGCGGUGGUGAGUUGAGCAGCGGCGCUCUCAAGGACGCUAUCGACCGAGACUUUGGUGGUUUGGACCAGCUCAAGUCCAAGUUCAAUGCUCAGAUCGCUGCCAUCCAGGGUUCCGGUUGGGGUUGGCUCGGCUACAACCCGCAGACCAAGAAGCUCGACAUUGUCACUACCGCCAACCAGGACCCUCUGCUCUCGCAUGUGCCUCUGAUCGGUGUCGACGCUUGGGAACAUGCCUUCUACCUCCAGUACCAGAACGUCAAGGCCGACUACUUCAAGGCCAUCUGGGACGUCAUUAAUUUCAAGGCUGCCGAGGAGCGUCUCAAGAAAGCUCAGUAG